AUGGGGGAGGGUAAGAAACUAGAUGAGAAUGCCUACAAAUGUCAUACUAGUGCCAAGGCAAAAGCCUAUUAUAACUAUGCUGCAAAUGAUUUAUACUAUGUUGAUGAAGAGAAUUCAAAUGAGGUGAGGAAGUAUGACUUGACGGGAAUACCUUGCAACCAUGCAUUAUCUGCCAUCCAUUUCAAGAGAGAAAAACUUGAGGAUUAUAUGGAUGUUUUCUAUUCAAAUGCACGGUACUUGGAAGUUUAUUCUCACUUAAUAAUGCCAAUGAAUGGUAUGUCAUUGUGGGAGGAUACUGAAAAAUCACCAAUCUUGCCUCCAUUAUAUACAAGGCAACCUAGAAGACCAAGGAAUAAGAGAAACAAAGAUGCUGUUGAAUUGGAGAAAAAUGGUGAACAAACUUCCACCAACCCACCAAAUAAUCCUAAAGGUCCUCCUAAGCCAUUUAAGCUAGGAAGGAAAGGGCAAGGUGCCUUGAAGUGUACUAUAUGGAAGCAAGAAGGACAUAAUUCAAGGACCCAUCAUCGACAUCUUCCUCUAAAGGACAAACAGGCAUCUACAUUAGCAUAA